UAGUGUGGUCGUGUACGAGUGUGUGGAAGACACGUCCUCCGGCUGUGAUAAAAUACCUAACACCUUCCUGCGGGCGUCCACCAUCCUUCCCCCUUCUACUACUGGUGCCUACGGAGCUCUUAAGGCCCCUGCUGUCUCCUGCUGGAUACACCGUGUCGAGCCUAAUGAUCCUACUAGCUGUUGCCUGCUGAGUACACCGUGUCCUUCUAUAGAUGAAACGUUGCCAGCAGUAACGUGAAGGAAGUGACAGGGAGGUGAUAGAAGUAACAAUGAAGUGACAGUUAUAAAAAUGAUCGUUCAGUGAAUGUGAGGUGAAAGAAGUAACGGUUAAAGCUUCAAUGAGAUGAAAGAAAUGACAAUGAAAUGAAAGAAAAGCGAGUGAGGUGCCAAUGAGGUGAAAGAAGUGUCAAUGAAGCGAAUGAAGUGAAAAAAGAAGCGAAAAUAAAGUGUCUGUGAAAUGUCAGCAAGCAGAAAGAAGUAACAGCAAAAUAAAAGCGUGAAAGAAGUGACAAUGAAGUGAAAGAAGUGUCAGUUUAGUGAAAAAAGUAACAAUGAAGUGUUAAUGAGACGAAAGAAUUUGUCCAUGCCGUGAAAGAAGAUUCCCUUAAGCGAAAGAAUUGUGAGAAUAGUGCAAAAGUAGUCAGUGAAGUGAAUGAAGUGAUUGAAGGAAGAAAGAAGAAAGAAGCCAUACAAGAUGAAGGUCACUAUCAUCAGCGCCUUGAUCGUGUUUUGUUGGUGUUCCUUGAGGAUAUUCGCUCUACCUGAUGAAAUUAACAUAGGUGGUAUAUUCGACGCCAAUAGUGUGGUACAGAAGAUGGCCUUCAAGUACGCGGUGGAUCUUGUCAACAGGGACCGCGACACACUCACUCGGUCUAGGCUGGUGGCCAAGAUUGCUGACGUCCCUGUCGACGACUCCUUCCAUGCUUCCAAGAAAGUGUGUGCGUUCUUGAAGGAAGGUGUGGCAGCCAUCUUUGGCCCUCAGAGCGAGAACACCGCCAACCACAUCCAGAGUAUGUGUGACACUAUGCGGGUACCUCAUAUCCAGACCCGCUGGGACUACAGACUUACCCGCAACGAGUAUUCCAUCAACCUUCCGCACCCACCCUCACUUGGCAAGGCUUACUACGACAUUAUCUUCAAACUUCAGUGGAGAAACUUCGUCAUCUUGUACGACAGUGUUGAAGGUUUGGUACGACUAAACCAACUAUCAAAGAAGUGGACGGUGACAAUGAGGCAGCUACCUGAAGGAGACGACUACAGGCCGCUACUGAAGGAUAUUCGAAGAUUCAAAACAACUCACUUCGUACUGGAUGUUGCUCAGGACAAAGUCUAUGAGGUGUUACGUCAGGCAGCCCAGAUCGGCCUCAUGCGAGUGUACGACAACUACUUCAUUACCUCCUUGGACUUCAACCUGAUCAACUUAGAGGAGUUCAAGGACAGCGGGACCAACAUUACAGGUAUCCAGCUGGUAGAUCCUCAUAAACCUGAAUUAAAGAAGCUGAUCGAUGACUGGGUGAUUGGCGAACAACGCGCUGGAUGGGUACUGCCACUCCAAAUGAGGAGAAUGACGACGGAGGCGGCGCUCAUGUACGAUGCUGUGACGCUCUUUGCUAAGACGCUUCAUGACUUACGGGAAGCUGUUGAAAUCCCAAGGCUACACUGCGAGAGUGACAACUCCUGGCAACACGGCAACUCCAUCAUCACUGACAUGAAGUGGUACAGUUGGUACGCACCCAGCACCGACUCUGGGGGAGGCAACGUCUUCACUCCUAAUCAACUUUCCUACCGUAAAGUUGACGGCAUCACUGGGUUUAUCAAGUUCAACACGGAAGGGUUCAGGUCUGACUUUAACCUGGAUAUCCUGGAGAUGGGCCAGAAUGCGAUCUUGCAGAAGGUGGGGACGUGGACGCUCACAGGUAAAGCCAACUUCACGAGGACGUGGCAGCAGACGGAGGACGCUGUGGAGCUUAACCUUCAGAACAGGACUCUCAUCGUCACUACUGCAAUAACACCGCCCUACGUCAUGCUGAAAGAUGACCAUGAACAACGCAAGGGCAACGACAAGUUUGAAGGGUUCUGUUUUGACCUCAUCCACGAGAUCUCACUCCUCAGGGGCUUCAACUACACCUUCAAGAAGGUUGAAGACGACUCGUAUGGCAGCAAGAACAGAGAGACCGGGGAGUGGGACGGUAUCGUCAGGGAGCUCCUCGACCACAAAGCUGACCAAAGUAUCGUUGACCUCACCAUCACUUACGAGAGAGAGGAGGCAGUUGACUUCAGUAUGCCUUUCAUGAACCUGGGUAUUAGCAUCAUCUACAAAAAGCCUCAGAAGAAGUCGCCCAGCUUGUUCUCGUUCAUGUCGCCCUUUUCUGCGGACGUGUGGAUCUACAUGGCUACCGCCUACCUGGGUGUGUCCGUACUGCUGUUUAUCCUGGCCAGGAUGGCGCCGGAUGAGUGGGAUUGUCCGUACCCGUGUAUCGAGGAACCGGAGGAGUUAGAGAACAGCUUUACGCUCCUUAACUCCAUGUGGUUUAUCAUUGGCACGUUCUUGUGUCAGGGUGCCGACAUUGCCCCCAAAGCUGUGUCAACACGCAUCGUGGCCAGCAUAUGGUGGUUCUUCACACUCAUCAUGAUUUCGUCCUACACCGCCAACCUGGCCGCCUUCCUCACCGUCGAGAGGAUGGACUCACCAGUGGAGAGCGCCGAGGACUUGGCCAAGCAGACCAAGAUUAAGUAUGGCUGCAAGAUGGGCGGCUCAACCUACUCCUUCUUCAGGGAUAGCAGCAUCCCGACCUAUCAGAGGAUGUGGUCGGCCAUGUCCAACGCUCGCCCCACGGUGUUCACGAAGAGUAACGAUGCGGGCGUGGAGCGAGUCUCUAAGUCAGACGGCCAGUACGCCUUUCUCAUGGAGUCUAGCUCUAUCGAGUAUGUUGUGGAGAGGAAGUGUGAGCUGACCCAGGUGGGCGGUCUCCUCGACUCGAAGAGCUACGGCAUCGCCCUCCCUCCAAAUUCACCGUACACGGGGGCAAUCAGCUCUGCGGUGUUGAAGCUGAAAGAAUCUGGCAAGUUAUAUAUACUGAAGACGCAGUGGUGGAAAAAAGGCAAGGGAAACGGGAAUUGUCAGAGAGAGGCGUCGUCUGCCAAGUCCAGUAGCGCGGCGGAGUUGGGUCUGGCCAACGUGGGCGGUGUGUUCGUGGUGCUUAUAGGAGGGCUGGGCAUCGCCACCUUCAUGGCCGCCUGCGAGUUUAUGUGGAACGCUAGAGAACUGGCUACUGACGAGAGAGCGUCGUUCUGUGAGGAGUUGACUACCGAGGUAAAGUUCAUCGCUAAGUGUUCUGGCAACAGUAAACCAGCCAGGAAGAAACCCCCAUCCACUCCUGAAGAGCCGCUCUGUACCUACGGCUCUUACAACACCAACUACGUCCACCCCUGAAGAGCCCCUCUGUACUUAUGGCUCUUACAACACCAACUACGUCCACCCCUGAAGAGCCCCUCUGUACUUAUGGCUCUUACAACACCAACUACGUCCACCCCUGAAGAGCCGUUCUGUACCUACGGUUCUUAUAACACCAACUACGACUACUUCAGAAUAAGGACCAAGAAGAGAUAAUAUCGUAAGAAAAUGGCGUAGGAGGAUUUGACAAAGAAAAUGACCUUCUAGUCUUAAGAUCAUGCCAAGAUAAUGAGAGCCAGUGGGUGUUAUGAUACAGUGUGGUGGUGAGAGCUUAGCGGCAGAAAUAUGAUCAUCCUCAAGCUGGCAUCUUAAUGUGUUUCAGAUACUGUACACGAGUUAACUAUGGGCUCUCACGGUCUGUUAUAAUAUGUCUAACGUGAUGAACUGUUUCUUUCUGGGCUUAAGUCCACGCCGACACACACACAACGUCACAAAGGGAAGGAAAUAAGGAAAUGGAGAGAAAAGAUGUAAUAUAUUUGUGUAAUUAGGUUAUAUACACAUAUACUUAUGCAGUUUUACAUUUUCUAGGGAUGAAUAUUCUACCAGGAUAAACUAAGGAAUAGAGCGCCCAAACGAUUAGUGAGCUGAUAGAUGGCGAAAAUUAAAAAAACAAAAAAAAAACAAGGAAUGAAUAUUCCUCGCUAGGAAAUAGGUCAUACUUAAUAUACCGGUAUUUAAUUUAUCACUUUGAAGGGGGAAGGAAGCCGGUUGCUGGUUUCAAAUACCCAAUGUUCCUCAUGCGUUUGCCCUUCAUGGUCCAGUUUUACAGUAGUACGGGAGGAACGGGAGUACCCAGAGAAAUCAUGUAACGUUUGUUAGGUCACACUGGAUUAACACCCUUCUCACACCUGUCCCCGGCAGGGAAUGUGUGAAAUGUGUAGACAGUAAUUAGUAUUUUCCCGUUUCUUAUGACUAAAUGUAGACACAGCAGCAUGAAACAACACAAGGACACAGUCCACGUUCAGUGACCUUUUGGCCAACUUUUGUUCUUUUGUAAAGUGAGGCAGAUAAAUGCGUUGUGACAGUUGUGAGCGUACUUAAGUGUUUAAGAAACACUCCAGUAAGACUACCAUUUUUUUACCAUCAAUAAAAUGAAAGGUGAACCAUCGACUCCACUCGCAUGAGUAAAGUUAUACACAGUACGUAUAUAUAAAUAUUAUAUUAACUAGGUAAUUUAGUAUGAUAACUGAUGUAGACUGUAAUGUCUAUUUGGCUGACGCGCUAUAGAAUGAGAGAAGAGUUGUAGUCAAAACAGAGUGGCUGAGAAAAUUAAUUAUUUGCAUUAGAAACAAAACAGGUUUUCAUCCAACAGUGUCAAAAAUUUUUAAGUUUCUUCUACCACAUUGUUUUGACCUGUCUCAUCUCUCACCGGUAAGCCAACCAAGCGCCGUCGGCCCUCUCAUGGUUACCUGUUGUGUGUGUAUGACAACAGUUUACCAUUAUACACAAUAUAAACAGUUUUCAUAAAAUUUUAGCCUUAAGAUUCUUGAUAAUCUUUUCUUGUUAACCGUUUCGUUUAGAUUUUAGAGGAUAAAAUAUUAAAAAUUAAUAUUUAAUACUGUGUGCCAUAGUAUAUGGCCCACAUUAUUCGUAAUUUUAGAAUACAAUUCAAGUAGGUAUAUAAAGAUGGGUCUUUUAUGGGCUAUCUUCGAUUGAAUUUACAUUCUGUUGACCAGUGUUUAACUGGCUACACUGUACAGUCACCCAAAAAAGUCCUGUCGCGAACCAUGAACCCCGAGAUUCACUCUUGAAUCCAAAGCAUUUA